CCUGGCAGGAAUUAGCUAGUGCCACCCACUCCACUCCACUCCACUCCUCCAAAGGGGAAGGAAGGAAGGAAGGGCCAGAGAACCAGGGCAACGUGGCUCCUGCGACACCUGCUUCUGCACUCCCUUCAGACAUCCCCAUAACACACUGUUAUGUGAGCCACUCUCUCCAGACGGGGAUCCCUUCCUCCUCCUCCUCCUCCUCUUCCUCCUGAAUCCCUCUGAGGAGAGUUUCCAGCAGGAAGAGGGUGAGCCAGGUUCUGGCGGAGGCGCCCCAUGUUCAGACGCUCACACCUCAAAAUCCUACUUACUGGGAAUUCAGGGGUUGGCAAAUCUGCCCUGAUGAACCAGUAUGUGAACAACCGCUUCAGCAGCCGCUACCGAGCCACCAUUGGGGCCGACUUCCUUAGCAAGCAAGUACACAUAGAGGGGCGUACGCUGACAGUACAGAUUUGGGACACAGCCGGCACAGAAAGGUUCCAAGCCCUGGGGACUGCCCUAUACCGGGGGUCAGACUGUUGCCUCCUCGUCUUUGAUGUCACAUCUGCCAGCUCUUUCCAAGCCCUGGAUAAGUGGCAUAAGCAGCUUCUGUUGCAGAUUGAGCCAGGGGAAGAGCCCACUUUCCCCAUCGCUGUCAUCGGGAACAAGACUGACCUGGAGAACCGAGAGGUCUCUUCAGAGGAGGCAGAGUUGUGGAGCAGGCUUCAUGAUGCCACAUAUUUUGAAACCAGUGCCAAGGCAGCCACCAACGUACAGCAAGUGUUUGAAUGGGCCAUACGGGCUGUACUAAAGAAUCGCAGGGGAUCUGAACCACCAGAACCUGACUCAGUUCAUCUGGAGACCAGGCCGCCAGAAGGGGCACACCGAGAGAAGUGUAGCUGCUGACAAGUUCUGGUGCAGUUGGGAAGAUCCCCCCUCCGUCCUGCUCAUGAAAAGGGGACUCUUUUGUGCAUUGCAGUGAUCAAGGAGUAGGGGGACACCACACACAAGAGUCCCAAGGACAUUUGCCUGGUUGUAGCCUAUAACUGGACUGCAGUACAGAUUUCUGCCCCUCUGGAGGAGGCAGCUUUCUAAUUUAGGAGGGAGCUGUCCAUAUUCUAGUGGCUCUUCCCAAAGUAUGUGGAAAUAAAUCUGUUUCAUUCCUGGGCA